UGAAGAUACAACUGCUAGAAUUCCAGGCGAAGAAUUUGUUGUUGGUUAAUAACUCGAUUUUUCGUUGAUUGAAUCAGUAGCUUUUCAGACAUUUGUAUUAUAUAAUGAGACAUUGUUCCAAUGUUGUUUUGCUAUGGUGUUUGAGAAAGGAUCAUCGUGGCAACUGCUAGACCAUAAAAAUUAUUUUGUCAUUUUUUUUUGGAUGUUUGGCUAGUGGGUAUGACACGUUCUGCUCGGUGACCAGUCAUUGAAGUUGCCGUUUUUCAACCUCUCCAUGAAUAUAUAGUAAAUAUCGAUGCAUGUUGGUCGAUGUUCGCAGUUUUCUCAACAAGUUCCAGUUCUUAUACACUCAGAUCUUUUUCUUUCUACAGGAUCGAGUGCAUGCCACCGACGCUGAAAAACUCAAAAACAUACACACUACAUUUGCUGUGUACACUACGACUAGUACUUGUGCAGUCAUUUUAUUCCCUUUCUGCUGUUCCACCCUCAUUGUUGUCCUGUGAUGUUGAUUGGAGAGGUACCAAAAUACUUACCUUUUGCAAGUAGUUACGCUUUUGUAGGUAUAACUAACUAGAUCCGUGGAGGUAAAGGGUGAGUAGCUACCUUGCUUACUUAAAUGCACACUUUUUUCUAACGGGAUACAGAGUUUUACAUUUAAGAAACGUUUCAGAUAGAAACUGCAUCAGAUCAAGAAGAUCGGCGGUAGACUCCGGUAUGCACGCUCAACGCAAUAUAUCCGAUGUGAUGAUUUACAAAGUUUACUUGGUGAAAAACAAAAACUAUGGCGUUGUACGUGUACCUUCAACAUUUUCCGUGCUUCCACUUUCUCGUUGAGAACUUGGAUCUUGUUUAUCGAAUGUUGCAAGCGCAACCUUUUUUCUCCUUCUUUUAUCGUGUUGAUACAGGUAAAGCCCAGAUCCACUAUUUAUGCAAUUUGAAAUCAAUGGGUCGUUGAAACCUGCCUCGAUUUUCUGAAAUUUAAUUUGUAUCUUACUG